AUGCCAGGAGGUUACAAAGGGGAGUGUGGGGAUGAUGUGGAUCCUAUGGUGUUCCUGGCGGCCUCUGAGAAGGAGCGCCUGGAUGCCAUGAAUGCACCCUACGACAUCAAGCGCUCCUGCUGGGUCAAAGACGACAAGGAGGCGUUUGUAUCUGGAGAUAUUCAGUCUGAAGACGGAGACAGAGUUACUGUCAAGACAUCCAAAGGAACUGCCAGCGACAUGGCCAACCUCACAUUCCUUAACGAGGCCAGCGUUAUGGAAAACCUGCGCAGCCGCUAUGUCAGCAUGAGGAUCUAUACUUACUCAGGCCUUUUCUGCGUGACCAUCAACCCGUAUAAAUGGCUGCCCAUCUAUGGAGCAAAAGUGGCCCAUUUGUACAAGGGGAAGAAACGCAAUGAGGUUCCUCCCCAUCUCUUCUCCGUCUCCGACAACGCCUACCACGACAUGUUGUUAGAUCUGCUGGAGAAAUCUCGGGUGAUAUCCCAGCAGUCUACAGAAAGAGGAUACCACAUCUUCUACCAGCUUCUGUCAGGGAGGAAGCCAGAACUUACAGAGGCUCUGCUCCUGAAGCCCGAUCCAAAGCAGUAUGUGUGGGUGUGUCAGGGGGUCACUGUGGUGGACAACAUGGACGACGGGGAGGAACUGCUCCUCACUGAUGAAGCGUUUGAUGUCCUGGGCUUCACUCCCGAUGAGAAGUUGAGUGUAUACAAGCUGACUGGAGGCAUAAUGCACUUCGGCAACAUGAAGUUCAAACAGAAAGCCAGAGAGGAGCAGGCUGAUGUUGACUCUACUGAGGUGGCUGACAAAGUUGCCCACCUCAUGGCAAUUAACUCUGGUGAGCUGCAAAAAGGACUGACACGCCCCAGGGUGAAAGUUGGGAAUGAGUUUGUGACUAAAGGUCAAAACCAGGACCAGUGUGUGUACUCCAUUGGUGCUCUUGCCAAAGCCAUCUAUGACAGAAUGUUUAAAUGGAUGGUGACACGCAUAAACAAAACCCUGGACACCAAACUGCAACGACAGUAUUUCAUAGGAGUGCUGGACAUCGCAGGGUUUGAGAUAUUUGAUUUGAACAGCUUUGAACAGCUUUGCAUCAACUUCACCAACGAGAAGCUGCAGCAGUUCUUUAACCACCACAUGUUCGUGCUGGAGCAGGAGGAGUACAAGAAAGAGGGCAUCGACUGGGUCUUCAUCGACUUUGGUCUGGAUCUGCAGGCUUGCAUCGACCUGCUGGAGAAGCCCAUGGGGAUAUUCUCCAUCCUCGAAGAGCAGUGUGUGUUCCCAAAGGCGACUGACUCUACCUUCAAAGCGGCUCUCCAUGACAACCAUCUUGGAAAAUCCUCCAACUUCCUCAAGCCUAAAGGGGGAAAGAAAGGAUCGGAAGCACACUUUGAACUGGUGCACUAUGCCGGCACUGUUGGCUACAACAUAAGCGGCUGGCUAGAGAAGAAUAAAGACCCCCUGAAUGAGACCGUGGUGGGCCUGUUCCAGAAGUCGUCCAUGCCUCUCCUGGCCGUGCUCUUCAGAGAGGAAGAGACCACAGCCGGGUCUAAAAAACAAAAGAAGGGAUCCUCCUUCCAAACGGUCUCCAACUUCUACAGGGAACAGUUGAACAAGCUGAUGAGCACCCUUCGUAGCACUGCCCCUCACUUUGUCCGCUGCAUUGUACCAAAUGAGUUCAAGCAGUCAGGUGUGACAGACAAUCAUCUGAUCCUGCACCAGCUGGCUUGUAAUGGGGUUCUGGAGGGUAUCCGCAUCUGUAGGAAGGGGUUCCCCAACAGAAUGCAGUACCCUGAAUUCAAGCAGAGGUACUACAUCCUCAAUCCCAGCGUGAUGCCAAAGGGUUUUGUUGACAACAAGAAAGCAUCGGAACUCAUUCUAAGUUCAAUAGACCUUGACAGUAUGGAAUACCGUAUCGGGCAUACAAAGGUGUUUUUCCGAGCCGGUGUCCUGGCAAAGCUGGAGGACAUGCGUGAUGAACGGCUGACCAAGGUCAUCACUUUGUUCCAGGCGCGCCUCAGAGGUGCCCUCAUGAGGAUGGAGUUUAAGAAGAUGGUGGAUCGACGAAUUGCACUGAUGGCCAUCCAACGAAACGUGAGGAAGUUCCUUCAGUUGCGCUUCUGGGGAUGGUGGAAGCUCUACACCAGAGUAAAGCCCCUGCUUAUGGUGGCUCGUCAGGAGGAUAUCUUUAAGGCCAAAGAGGAGGAGCUGAGAGUGGCCUUGGAGAAAGUGAAGGUGAUGGAGGCAAAGAUCAAAGAUCUGGAUGAAAAGACAGUCACUCUGUCCCAGGAGAAGAGUGACUUGACCCUGGCAUUGUCUGCUGAUCUCCGUGAGCGUCUGGAGGAAGAGGAGGGGUCCUCAGCAGCUCUGCACAGCCAGAAGAGGCAACUUGAAGGAGAGAUGACUGAACUCAAGAGGGACCUGGAGUCUCUUGAAUCCACACUUGCCAAGAGUGAAAAGGAGAAACAGAGUUUAGAUUCUAAAGUGCGGACUCUGACUGGUGAACUGGACCAGAGGGAUGACACUGUGGCCAAGCUGCACAAAGAGAAGAGGUCUCUGGAGGAACUGCAACAGCUGGAGGACAGUUUGGAACAGGAGAAGAGGAUCAGGGCAGAGGUGGAGAAAGCCAGGAGAAAAGUAGAAGGCGAUCUGAAGAUGACCAUUGAAAACUUGAAUGAGAUGGAAAAUGCCAAGCUGGAUUUGGAAGAUGUCAUCAAGAAGAGAGACUUUGAGAUAAACAACAUGAAUGCAAAGCUGGAGGAUGAACAAGCGCUCAGCACAAUGCUCAGCCGUAAACUGAAAGAGCACCAGGCGCACAUUGAGGAGCUUGAGGAAGAGCUGGAAGCUGAACGGGCCAUGAGAGCCAAGGUGGAGAAGCAGCGGGCCGACCUGUCACGUGAUCUAGAGGACCUCAGUGACCGACUCGAAGAGGCGGGAGGAGCCACUGUUACUCAGAUUGAGCAGAACAGGAAGCGUGAGGCAGAGCUGCUGAAGCUAAGGCGCGAGCUGGAGGAGGCCGCGCUGCAGUCUGAGGCCACAGCAGCUGCCCUGAGGAGGAAGCACUCGGACGGGAUGGCUGAGCUCGGGGAGCAGCUGGAGAACCUGACCCGUCUCAAGGUCAAACUGGAGAAGGACAAGCUGAGCAUGAAAGCUGAGAUUGAAGACCUCAACUCCACGCUGGAGGCCACGCAUAAAGCAAAGGUGAACUCUGACGCUCACGCCCACAGGCUGGAGGACAAUCUUUCAGAGGCCAACGCUCGUCUGGCUGAGAUGGAGCGCACGCAAACAGAACUCAACACUGCCAAAAUCCACUUGACUGCUGAGAACAACGACCUGAGCAGGGACUUGGAGGAUGCGCAGAGUAAGCUGACCCAGGUGACCAGGCUGAAGGCCACACUCACCUUACAGGUGGAUGAGCUGAAGAGGCAGGUGGACGAGGAGAGCAAGGCCCGUAACACAGCAGUGAUCGGUCUGGCCAAUGCUCGUCAUGACCUGUCCCUGCUAAAGGAGCAGCUGGAAGAGGAGUCUGAGGCUAGAGGAGAGCUACAGCGCCUGGUGUCCAAACUCAACGCUGAUGUCACCACCUGGAGAACCAAAUACGAGACAGACGCCAUCCAUCGCACUGAGGAGCUGGAGGAAACCAAGCGCAAACUUGCUGUGCGUCUCCAAGAGGCAGAGGAGGCCGCUGAAGCAGCUCAAGCCAGGGCAGCCAGCCUGGAGAAGGUGAAGCAGAGACUGCAAGGUGAGGUGGAGGACCUCACCAUAGACCUAGAGAAGUCAAAUGCUGCUGCAGCUGCUUUGGAUAAGAAACAGCGAGUUUUUGACAAGAUGGCCGCCGAGUGGCACCAAAAGAAUGAGGAACUGCAGCUGGAGCUGGAGACCAGUCAGAAGGAAAGCCGCUCCUACAUGACAGAGCUGUACAAACUCAAGACUGCCUAUGAGGAGAGCCUCGAUCACUUGGAGACAAUACGCAAGGAGAACAAGUCCCUUUCAGAGGAGAUUAAGGAAUUAGUUGAUCAGCUUGGAGAAGGAGGCAGAAGUGUCCACGAGCUGCAGAAAGCCAAAAAGAAGCUGGAGGUGGAGAGGGAGGAGCUGCGAAUGGCUCUGGAGGAAGCAGAGGCUUGUCUGGAGGUGGAGGAGGGAAAACUGGUGCGAGUGCAGCUGGAGCUCGCUCAGGUCAAGGCUGACAUCGACCGCAGGAUCCAUGAGAAGGAGGAGGAGUUUGAGGUCACCAGAAAGAACCAUGCUCGUGCUCUUGAGUCGCUCCAAGCCAGCCUGGAGGCAGAGGCCAAAGGUCGUGCUGAGGCUCUAAGGAUGAAGAAGAAGAUGGAGACAGACUUAAAUGAAAUGGAGAUUCAGUUGGAGCAUGCAAACAGGAACAAUGCAGAACUGGUGAAAACCUUGAAGAAGCUGCAGCAGCAGAUCAAAGAUCUGCAGGUGCAGAUGGAUGAGGAUGGCAGGCUCCACGAUGAGCUCCGGGAGAAGUACAGUCUGCAGGAGCGCCGCUUAUGUCUCAUGCAAGCGGAGAUGGAAGAGCUCCGUGGAGGACUGGAGGCGUCUGAGAGGGCGCGGAAACAGAUCGAACAGGAGCUGGUGGACACCACAGAGAGGUUCCACGAGAUCAGCAUGCAGAAUCAGAGUUUGAUGGUGCUCAAAAGAAAACUGGAGGCAGACCUCACAAAACUUUCCACAGAGAAUGAAGAGCUCAUCUCAGAGUUUCGUGCUGCAGAUGAAAGAGCCAAGAAGGCUGUGACUGAUGCAACUCGUCUGUGUGAGGAGCUUCGCCAGGAGCAGGACCGCAGCUCCCACCUGGAAAAGGUGAAGAAGAACCAAGAGCAAAUUCUUAAAGAGCUCACUCUGAAACUAGAGGAAGCAGAGCAGCUGGCUCUGAAAGCAGGCAAACGAACUAUCCAGAAACUGGAGACCAAGAUUAAAGAGUUGGAGAAUGAGUUUGACCAGGAGCAGAAGCGACAUGGUGAAACCGUGAAAAACCUGCGCAAAGGAGAGCGUAGAAUGAAAGAAUUGAUCUUCCAGACGGAGGAGGACCACAAGACCAACCAGCGCAUGCAGGAGCUGGUGGAAAAACUGCAGAACAAGCUGAAGUCCUACAAGCGACAGAUAGAAGAUGCUGAGGAGCAGGCGAACAGCAGCCUCUCUAAAUACAGGAAAACUGUGCAUGAGCUGGAUGACGCAGAGGAGAGAGCUGAAAUGGCCGAAAUGGCUCUGAAUAAACUGCGAACCAGGAACCGAGCGUCCACAUCAAAGGGCUUCACCUCAGUGGAGAUUGUGCAGGUCACUAAACCAGCCGGUGGGGCACAGGGAGAUUAG